AUGUUUGGAAAUGGAAGCGCAAGAUCUGGAAUUAUAGUGCUGCCUAGUGGUGCCGGGAAGUCUUUGGUAGGUGUUUCUGCAGCAAGCAGAAUAAAAAAGAGCUGCCUUUGUUUAGCAACAAAUGCUGUCAAAGAAAAAUUCCGCGGAAAUGUCGGUGUGGUGGUGACAACAUAUAACAUGGUUGCUUUUGGUGGCAAACGUUCUGAAGAAUCUGAGAAAAUCAUUGAAGAAAUAAGAAAUAGAGAACGGGGUUUACUACUCAUGGAUGAGGUGCACGUGGUUCCAGCACAUAUGUUUCGAAAGGUCAUUAGUAUCACGAAAUCACACUGCAAACUUGUGCUUACUGGAACUGCCUGCAUUAUUGCCCUUACCGAUCAGGGUCUCCAUGCCAUCAACUUAGGAGAUAGCGGAUUUAUGUUGGUUAGAGAUGGAUCUACUGUUUUCGGAUCCCCAGUGCAGCAGCAUGAUUUCAAUUUUACGUAUCAGCUGGAAAGUGGUAAUGCCGGUGAUUCACCAAGCUCUGGGGAGGUGUUUAAAAUACCUGUUGCUCCAGGAGAUGUCAUCCUUGCUGGAACUGAUGGUUUAUUUGACAAUUUGUACAACAAUGAUAUAAGUGCAGUAGUGGGGCAUGCAACAAGAGCUGGUUUACCACCUCAGGUUGUAGCUCAGAAGAUAGCUGCAUUGGCUCGGCAAAGAGCACAGGAUAAAAACAGGCAUCCCUUCUCUGCUGCAGCGCAAGAAGCUGGUUUUCAUUACCAUGGUGGGAAGUUGGAUGACGUUACUAUGGUUGUGGCUUACAUAACUAGUGAGAAAAAUGUACGAGGAGACUAUACCCUGACCACCUGACGUGUCCUCUCUUUUAUAUUCAUUAUAUGCUUGCGUUGUUUUUUUCUGCCAGACACGAAUAUCUCUCUAUCUUAUCUAGUCGCUAUAGCCUUGAUGAUGAGUGCAAUCCUGAGAAGAAUGACUCUCGGCCUCAGAGAAAUGGUGGUCCAAGAGUGGAAUGACUGGGGGAGACAACGUGAAAUGGCCAGAAUUGUGCGGGAAUGGGUUGAGACUGCGGAAAUUGUGAGAAUUGCCCAACCAGAACAUAUUUGUAGGGAUAUGUUUAGACUGCGUGGGAGGCAGGUUCUGCUUGAUUUUCUUAUGAGGA